GUUCCACUUGAUGAGAAAACAUUCUUAUCCCUCCAAAUAUAUAUAUACAUAUAUAUUUCUCCACCGGGAACUUUAAGCUUUUGAACUGCAGGCCAGGCAUAUAUACCCCUCACUGAACCCCACUAUGCCGGCAGCCACGAGGAGCUCCCCCACUCCUGCCAUCACUUCCAUCACACUCUCACUCUCGGAGCUCGAAACCAAACAACUCACCUCCCAUCACCUGCAAGAAGCUCUCGAAGCUCUCCAUCGAGAUGGCGUCCUCGUUCUCAAUAACGCAAUCUCAACCGCCCACCUCGACACUCUUAAUUCCCGGAUGGUUCCCGAAGCACAAACUCUCUACAACCGCUCAACAACACACCAUAACUUCGGUCUCGGAACAGGGAAUAUCCAACAAGACGCCAUCGUAGACCCUGACUAUAUCUUCCCCGACAUAAUCGCCAACCCAUUCGCAACAGCCAUCACGGAAUGCAUGCUCGGACCACACCCUCGACUGCGCUUCCAGAGCGCGAACACAGCGUUCAAAGCAGAGAAACGGCAGCCCGUACAUGUGGAUGUGCAUUUCGAUUUCCCCAAAAUGCCGUUCGGUUUCUGUAUCAACAUCAACCUGAUUGACGUAGGCCCCGAGCACGGAUCGACUGAGAUGUGGCUCGGGAGCCAUCUGGACACGAGCUGGCAAGCAGAGGUCGAGAAGAGCGGAUCAGUUAUCCCGAGCAAGAUCCUCGAGAGAAGAAGGAAAUUGAGUCCCCCGGUGCAGCCUACUCUCCCGAAGGGAUCUCUUAUUGUGAGAGAUUUGAGGCUCUGGCAUGCGGGGAUGCCGAAUUGCACGGAUGAUGUGAGGGUUAUGCUUGUUACGAUACACUUUCCAGCUUGGUAUAGAACGAAGCAGACUAUUUUGCUACCAGAGAGUCUAAAGGGGAAGGUUGAGUGGGGAAAUUUGGUGCCUUGUGUUGAGUGGGUAAAAGAUGAUUAUGAUUAUCUCCAGGGUCAGCAUGAUCAUGAUUUCGAUCUACUUCCUUGAUUGGAGAAGCCCGGUGGCACAACAAGAAACAUGCGCAAUAAUGUGACGAUAGAUGAUAUAAGAUGGAGAAAACCGAUCUACGUGUUUUCCAGAUCUGAUUCUGCGU